AUUAAAAGAGCCCAGCAGGAACUGAAAACUCAUCUGAAGAAGAAGUUUGAAUACAUAUUUGAAGGUUUAGCAGUGCAGGGCCACACAACUCUCCUCAAUGAGAUCUAUACAGAGCUCUACAUCACAGAGGGGGGAAGUGGGGGGGUCAAUAAUGAGCACGAGGUCAGACAGAUUGAGACAGCAUCCAAGAGACAAACCACCCAGGAGACUCCAAUCCUCUGCAAUGACAUCUUUAAGCCUUUACCUGGACAAGAGAAACGCAUCAGAACUGUGCUUACAAAGGGCAUCGCUGGCAUUGGGAAAACCGUCUCUGUGCAGAAGUUCAUUCUGGACUGGGCAGAAGAAAAAGCCAAUCAGGACGUUGAUUUCAUCUUCACUCUUCCUUUCCGAGAUCUGAAUCUGAAGAAGGAAGGAGCAUUCAGUCUGAUGCAACUUCUGCAGCACUACUUUCCACAACUGAAAGAGAUCAAAAGUGUUGAAGGUGAUGAAGUCAAAGUUGUGUUUAUCUUUGAUGGUCUGGAUGAGUGUCGACUUCCUCUACAUUUCCAAAGCAAUGAGAUCUGCUGUGAUAUAACAGAGUCAUCAUCAGUGGAUGUGCUGCUGACCAACCUCAUUAAGGGGAAUCUGCUUCCCUCUGCUCUCCUCUGGAUCACCUCCCGACCUGCAGCAGCCAAUCAGAUCCCUCCUGAGUGUAUCCACCAGGUGACAGAGGUACGAGGGUUCAAUGACCCACAGAAGGAGGAGUACUUCAGAAAGAGAAUCAGAGAUCAGAACCAGGCCACCAGAAUCAUCUCACACAUCCAGUCAUCCAGGAGUCUCUACAUCAUGUGUCACAUACCAGUCUUCUGCUGGAUUUCUGCUACUGUUCUGGAGACAAUGUUGGGUAAAGUAAAGAGAAGAGAUCUGCCCAAAACUCUGACUGAAAUGUACACACACUUCCUGCUCAUUCAGACUAAUGUGAAGAAUCUGAAGUAUCGUGGCUCAGAAGAAACAAACCCAAAGAUGUCUGCAUCAAAUACAGAAAUCAUCCUGAAACUGGGGCAGCUGGCUUUUGUAGAGCUGGAAAAGGGCAAUCUGAUAUUCUAUGAAGAGGACCUGAGAGACAGUGGCAUUGAUGUCAGUGAAGCUUCAGUGUACUCUGGGGUGUGCACAGAGAUCUUUAAAAAGGAGCGUGGGUUGGGUCAGGAGAAGGUCUACUGCUUUGUGCAUCUGAGCAUUCAGGAGUAUCUGGCCGCCUUGUUUGUGUUUCAUUCAUGUGUAAAUGAGAAGAGAAAUGUGCUCAGAGCAGAACCGCACAGUGGAAGAGUGCAGCUGUCUGAGUUGCAUGAGACUGCAGUGGAUCAGGCCUUACGGAGUGAGAAUGGACACCUGGACCUUUUCCUCCGAUUCCUUCUGGGCCUCUCUCUGGACUCCAUUCAGCCUCUCUUAGGAGGACUACUGACCCAGACAGGAAGAAGAUCUGAUGGAGGACGAUGGAAAACAAAACUCUUUCAGAGACUACUGACACAGACAGAAAGCAGAUCAGGGAGCAUCAAGAAAACAGUCCGGUACAUUAAGGAGAAGAUCACAUCCGAAUCUUUAGCAGAGAGGACCAUCAAUCUGUUCCACUGUCUGAAUGAACUGAAUGACAGCUCUGCAGUGAAGGAAAUCCAGAAUUCACUGAGAUCAGGAAAACUUUCUGAUAAAGAGCUGGAACCCCACCAAUGUUCAGCUCUGGCCUUUGUGUUACUGAUGUCAGAGGAGGUCCUAGAUGAGUUUGACUUGAAGACCUACAACACAUCAGAAGCAGGUCGUCACAGACUGAUACCAGUAGUCGGGAACUGCAGGAAGGCCAUGUGA